AUGAUUCAUGCAGUUCUCAUUUUCAACACAUCGGGUAUUCCUCGUUUGACCAAGUUCUAUACUCCGGUCCACCUUUCGGUGCAAACACUAGUUCAAAAGAUAUUUUCUCUCGUCUAUUCGCGACCUGCUGGUCUUUGCAAUUUUCUGGAUGCUCCAGAGUUGGAGCCAUAUCUAGCUCAGAACGAAGAAGGAGAACGAUGGCGUGUUGUAUAUCGGAGUUAUGCCACGCUCUAUUUCGUGUUCGUGAUUGACGGAGCAGAGAGCGAGCUGGGUAUUUUGGACUUGAUCCAGGUGUUCGUGGAAUCUCUUGACCGGGCAUUUGAGAACGUUUGCGAAUUGGAUCUGGUACAUCAUAUCCUCGCUGAAAUAAUACAAGGCGGAUUAGUCCUCGAAACAAACGUGGACGAAAUCGAUGAUUCUGUACAAUUGGCUGCAAAACUGAGAAGGGAGUCGUAUGCUUCGUCAAACCCAUUAGCAUUAGGUGGUGGUUUGGCCCCUCGAGGAUCAAACCUGCAGACACCUCUUGGAUGGCUAACGGGUAAACUCACGGGUGUUGGAGCACGAUAA